AUGGCACAAGGUCUAUUAUUAAAAAAACACACUUCCUCGUCGCUACCCAUAAAAAAAAAGACACGCACAAAAAACAUUGGUCUAAAGAAAGGUGCACGUGUAAUAGCGCCAAAGAAACAAGGGAAAAUAAAACGGGAUGCUAUUCGUAAAAAAUUGACCACUGCAAUCAAUAAGGAUAUUGAGACGAAAAUGGCGAUACGUGCUGUUGCUGUUGGUGGUGGCAAGCAAUUCAAUAUUGUCAAGAUCGAUGAUUCUGAUGCGAAAGAACUGAUAAAACAGCGACAACAGGGAGGAGGUGGUAGUGGUAGUAAGUCGCUUAAUGGGAAGAAAAGUUAA